UGUCUUGCUCCUUUACCCACCUCACCUCCGAAUUACAUGUUGCAUUGCAACAAACAAAACUCCCAACGGAAAUUUGAUUUCUCUUUCCCCCUCUUCACAAAUCGCACUAAGAGCCCUAUCCGAUUCACACCUCCGUCAAUCUGCCUCCAGUUUCUAGAUUAACGGCUCAACUUUCCCCCAUUUCUUCACUUUGGUAACCCGAAGGAAAAAAGGGACAGUUUUCCGGAUUCCGUUACCAAGAGCGAUUGAUUCGGAUGGAAAGUCGGAAUUAGGGGGAAAACUCUUGGGACAGUGAAGUUCAGGUUAUCAAUCAUCAUAUGGUUUGAAAAUCAAUCAUUAUUUUGCAAAAUUUUCUGUUUGUUUUUUCUUGGGUGAUUUUGUAUUUUUGUAGAUACACGAUGCUUUGCUUCUGGUUCUGCAUUGUAUGUGUUGUUAUGUAAAAUUACUAUAUUUAGGGAAAAUGCUAUUAUAUCUUUGUCAAGAAAAACAUUUUAAAACCCCAUGCUCCACUCGAUCACGACUAUGUAGAAACAAACACAUCGUUGUGAAAUGUUUAACCCGAGUUACUUUUUGAAUUUGCUUGAAUCUAAUUAUAUUGAGAAUGUGUUUUCUCAACUUAGAUAUCUAUAAAAUCAGUGUGACAAGGUAAUUUUUCAGUAUUUUCUGCCAGGCCAAGCAAGUUUGGGAUUGCUGUAGAGAUAAGUUGAGAUAUAGCACUAGAGCUGCUAAGAACUUAGAUUCAGGUCUAUCUCAUUCAACUGCUACAGCUGACAGCGGAGGCGUAUUUGGUUCGAGUUUGUCAGUUAAAAGGAGUAUACAGAAGGCUAUAGUAGACCUCCUUCCAAAGGAGAAAAUAAGAAUUCUUAAAUGAAUGAGAGAAAGAAAGUCCAUGUUGCAAAUCUUGAACAACGAGCAAAGGAUUUUAGUCGAUGAAUGCCAAAAUUUGUUUCUCGGUUGGACUGGUAUUCAAAGAAGGUACUUGAGACAUAAAGGUGGCAUACAAGUCUUACAAAUUUCUUCGGAUUUUGCAUCGCCAUCUUCACCUACUUCAGAAUUAUCAAAUCCCCACUAUCAUUCACAGUUUGAGUUCUACUAAGCAUAUCCACCAUCAGAGCUCGACUAUCCUUUCGUGGAUAUGAAAAAUUUUAUAGUGAUGGCUUCUCAAGACAAUGCUAAUGAUAAUCGAAUGUAUCUUAUAGGUGCUGUGAUUGCAAGUUCAAUGGCAGGAAUUGCUCUUGCAGUAUUAGUUUUGUUUCUGUGUGUAAAUAAAGAUAGGGAAGAUGAUGAGCAAAAAAAUGUGCAGCGAGACGAAAAGCCUCUUCUCAACCUCAAUAGUACUGAUUCCCCAGGUUCAAUAGAUAACAACCACCCAAUGGGUACACGAAGUAGUUUCAAUUUCAAGGCGACUUCAUCGGCUGGAAAUUCAGUUGCUGCUUACAGUGCUGCUUCUCAAGUUGUAUCUCCAGGGAUUGAUGAUAAUGGGGAGGCGUACGUGAAAAUCCUGUUACCACUUCCCCCAGGAAGAGCGGCAGCAGCUGCCGCUGCUGCUGCUGCUACAUCAACAACUGGUUCUGGUGGUGGUUCCAAUUGGAUAAUAGGAGCACCCGCAGCAGGAACAGUAGGGGUUGUGGGAGGAGCUAAAGAACCACCUGCACCACCAACACCACCUCCACUGGCAAAGGCGCCACCACCUCCUCCACCGGUAUUUGGAGGUCCAGUUCCUCCACCGCCACCUAAAGGCGGUCGUCCACCGCCUAAUGCACCUGGAAAACCUCCCGCGAUGGGACCCCAUCAUCGACGUAAUUCAACAAAUGACUCCAUGGCUUCAGACGAUUCCAUGGCUCCCAAAGCUAAGUUAAAGCCAUUCUUCUGGGACAAGGUAAUGGCAAGCCCAGAUCAUUCGAUGGUCUGGCAUGAGAUCAAAGCCGGCUCUUUCCAAUUUGAUGAGGAGAUGAUGGAAGCUUUAUUUGGAUAUGCAGCAGCUGAUCAGAAGAAACAAAAAGGAAAAGAAUCAACUUCGGCUGAAUCUUCUACUCAAUUUAUUCAGAUUAUUGAUCCUAAAAAGGCCCAGAACUUGGCAAUUCUUUUGAAAGCAUUGAAUGUGACAUCAGAAGAAGUUUGUGAUGCACUCAAAGAAGGUAAUGAGCUUCCAUCAGAAUUUAUCCAAAAUCUGUUGAAAAUGGCACCAACAGCCGAUGAAGAACUCAAGCUUAGGUUAUAUACCGGAGAUCUAUCUCUAAUUGGCCCGGCUGAGAGAUUCCUCAAGGCCUUGAUUGAAAUCCCAUUUGCCUUUAAACGUUUGGAAUCAUUGUGGUUCGUAAGCACGUUUCAGGAGGAUUUCACUUCAGUCAAACAAUCUUUAACAACUUUAGAGGCAGCAUGUGACGAGCUCAGAAACAGCAGACUCUUUCUGAAACUCUUGGAAGCUGUUCUAAAAACUGGCAACCGAAUGAAUGAUGGAACCUACCGUGGUGGUGCUCAGGCAUUCAAGCUUGAUACGCUCUUGAAACUAUCUGAUGUUAAAGGAACAGAUGGGAAGACCACGCUGCUGCAUUUUGUGGUCCAUGAAAUAAUCCGUGGAGAAGGAGUAAAAGCUGCUCGUAGAAUGAGGGAGAGCAGGAGCUUGUCCAUUGUGAGGACGAAUGAUCUUAAGGAUGAUGCUUCCCAAAACGCAGAAGAUUACCACCGAAGCCUCGGCCUUGAAGAAGUGUCUGGCCUCUGCAAUGGCCUCUUGAACGUGAAAAAGGCAGCGGUGAUUGAUCGUGACAUCAUAAGUGAGUAUGUGACCAAACUCGGCCAGUCCCGUUUGAAGACGAAAGAAUUUCUUGAGAAUGAGAUGAGUAGCUUGGAUGAAGAUAGCAAGUUUCUCGAAAUUCUCACGAGAAUUAUUAACCAGUUUGAGACCGACGCUGCAUGGCUUGCGGAGGAGAGGGGGAGAGUGAUGAACUUAGUGAAGAGUACUGGGGACUACUUCCAUGGUCGGUCGGGCAAGGACGAGGAGGGGCAUCUCUUUUUGAUCGUCCGGGACUUCCUAGCGAUGGUGGAAAAGGCGUGCCAAGACGUGAAGAGCUCCAUAAAAUUGCCCAAAACGCACAGAAAAGAUGUCUUCACACCAUCAUUAUCGCCUUCGCCGUCUCAAGGGUCGCCUCCGGCCUCCGAGACUACGCAUGAGAUGCGGUCUCGACUCUUUCCGGAAAUGAGGGAUCGCCAAAUUGACAGUGAAUUCAGCUCGGACGAUGAAACCUAAUAUUUUCCCUGAGGACGGAGUAUAAGUAUGUGUACCGCACCAACCUGUUGAUCUUGCGACAUGUAAUAGUUGGUCCCCACCAUUUUUAGGAAAAUGAAAAAAUGUUGGUGCGGUCAAACUUUCACCUAGUGGAACGCAUGACAACUAAAUCCACCAUUUUCAUUGGAAUCAGGAAAAGUUGGCGAUGUCCUAAUGUCAUGCAUUGCAACAUUGAUUUGCGACAUGUGACAAUUGGACCCACCAUUUUUUUAGGAAAUGCGGAAAGUUGACGAUGUCAAACCGUCACACGUUACAACAUUAAUGGUUUGGUAUAGUACAUGCACACGUCGUACACUUUCUACACUUUUAUUUUAGGGCUCACUAUUGAGCAUGUUGGACUUUCUAAACUUUAUCAUCGAACAAGAUCGCUCGACACAUCGGAAGACGAGGAUGAUGAGAAGCCACAAUGACGGAAGACAUACCAAUGUUAGGAGUUAUGUGAACAUAUGCCGAAGAAGAGAUCGCGAAGAGGUUCAAAAACUCAACUUUUUUCUCAGGAAUCCCAAGUUUUGUUAUUAUAGGAUGUAUAGGACUCUUUCAUAUAUACUUUUAUUUUUUUGGUUUAACAACAUGUGUAUUGAAUCCGCCUUUAGGCGGAACCCGACUAAUCCUGCUCGAUCGGGCUUGUAGAUUAAGGCCGAAAGUUUCUCAGCGGGUUGGUCAUAUGUACUUUUAUUAAUCAUCAGUUGUCUAUAUUUAAUCCUAACCAA